AUGAUGGCCAGCUACCCCGAGCCCGAGGACGCCGCGGGGGCCCUGCUGGCCCCGGAGACCGGCCGCGCAGCCAAGGAGCCCGAGGCGCCGCCGCCGCCGCCGAGCCCCGGCAAGGGAGGCGGCGGCGGCGCCGGGACAGCCCCGGAGAAACCCGACCCCGCGCAGAAGCCCCCGUACUCGUACGUGGCGCUCAUCGCCAUGGCGAUCCGCGAGAGCGCCGAGAAGAGGCUCACGCUGUCCGGCAUCUACCAGUACAUUAUUGCCAAGUUCCCGUUCUACGAGAAGAACAAGAAGGGCUGGCAGAAUAGCAUCCGCCACAACCUCAGCCUCAACGAGUGCUUCAUCAAGGUGCCGCGCGAGGGCGGCGGCGAGCGCAAGGGCAACUACUGGACGCUGGACCCGGCCUGCGAGGACAUGUUCGAGAAGGGCAACUACCGGCGCCGCCGCCGCAUGAAGCGGCCCUUCCGGCCGCCGCCCGCGCACUUCCAGCCCGGCAAGGGGCUCUUCGGGGCCGGAGGCGCCGCGGGCGGCUGCGGCGUCGCUGGCGCCGGGGCCGACGGCUACGGCUACCUGGCGCCCCCCAAGUACCUGCAGUCCGGCUUCCUCAACAACUCCUGGCCACUACCGCAGCCGCCUUCGCCCAUGCCCUACGCCUCCUGCCAGAUGGCGGCGGCCGCUGCAGCGGCGGCCGCCGCCGCUGCAGCCGCGGGCCCGGGCAGCCCGGGCGCGGCCGCGGUGGUCAAGGGGCUGGCUGGCCCGGCCGCCUCGUAUGGGCCGUACUCACGCGUGCAGAGCAUGGCGCUGCCUCCCGGCGUGGUGAACUCGUACAACGGCCUGGGAGGCCCGCCGGCCGCGCCCCCGCCGCCGCCGCACCCUCACUCACACCCGCACGCACACCAUCUGCACGCGGCCGCCGCACCCCCGCCGGCCCCGCCGCACCACGGGGCAGCCGCACCGCCCCCGAGCCAGCUCAGCCCCGCCAGCCCUGCUACCGCCGCGCCCCCGGCGCCCGCGCCCACUAAUGCGCCGGGCCUGCAGUUCGCCUGCGCCCGGCAGCCCGAGCUCGCCAUGAUGCAUUGCUCUUACUGGGACCACGACAGCAAGACCGGCGCGCUGCACUCGCGCCUCGAUCUCUGAGAACCCAGCGCGCGCCGGCUGCGAGGAUGCAGGGACGUGCGACGCCGGCCUUAGCCGCAGCCACCGCCGCCGGCCGGACCACGAGCCCUCAGUGGGGCCAUCUUCUGAGCCAGCGUCCAAGGCCCUCUGCGCCUCCUCGCUCCCUUCAGCUCCUCUCGCCCCUCUUCGUCUCCUCCGCUUCUCCUCCUGUUGCUCGGCCCCCUGCCCUCGCUGCCCUCUCGCUCCUCCGGCCUGCAGGCCGCCUCUCCGUGCGCCUUUUGCAGGCCUCGUCUCCUCCCGACGCCCGAGCCUCCGGGCUGGACACCCCAUGCCAAAAUUCAGAACCGAGAGGAAGUGCCGGGGCCGAGGUGCAGCCGGGCGUCGGCCGUGCAGACCUCUUGGCCUUCUCACACAGGCAAUCUUCUCGGAUAAACGAGGUUUUCUCUGACAAAGGCCCAGCUGACCCGCGGAGUGUGACACCCGUCCAGGCACAGCCGCCACCCUCAGGCUCUUGGGCCGACGCCUCCCACCCUCAGGCGCCUCCCUUUGGAACGCGGAGCUGUUUGAACGUUUUCCCCGAUUUUUCAGAAAAGCGGUAGGUAGCCACCGGGCGGGAAGUUGCGGAGGUCAGCUUGUGGGAGAGCCCCCCUCCCUCCCGCCCUCGGUAUUUGUGGAGAAACGAGAAAUCUGAGGGGCAAACGCAGGAAGCGGGUUGGGCCGAGCUGCGGCGGGCAGGGGCCCCGCGGGCGGGAGGGGAGCAGGGACGGUGUGGGGCCAGUGGCUCCGAAGACCCGGGCCUGUGCCGCCGGAGCCUCCGGUUUGCAGGCCCGGUGGCGGCGCUGCAAUCGCGGAGCUGCGGGCGCGGAGCGGUCGCUUCCUGGCAGCUCUAAACAAAAUUCGGGGUAAACGACUGGGCCGCUGUGAGCCCCGGGUGCUCCCGCCGGCAGGGAGGGCAGAGGAAGCGCGGGAGACCCCCAACGUCCCCAGCGACGCCGAGCGCAGAGGACAGAGGCCGCCAGAGCCCCCGCCACACCGGCAGGCCAACUCCGGUUCUCCAAGUUGGGAGUCCAGCCUGACUGUGUCGGUAAUAAUACUAACGAGCCGAAUCAAACAAAACCUUUCCCCGGAUUUUCCUCUACGUACAAAGGAAAAUUACUCCUCUAGGCAGGCAGAGAAAAGGAAGGGGCAGGAUCCCAGGAAACUUCCAUCUCUAUGGACGAGGAGGGAAGGCGAAUAUGCUUCUUGCUUUUUUUGUUUGUUUCUAGGGGGGAAAAAAGGAAAUUCGACACAUAUUUUUAAAAAAUCUCCCCCCAACAAACGCUAAAGUCUGUGAGUGUGAGCAGAGUCAGGAAACCGAGCCCCAGCCUGCAGUGACACCGGGCCUUUGUCUUCUUUCCUGAAGCCCCCAAGACUGCUGACCGCGCCGAGAUAAAGGCCGGGUCAGAGCCCUGCGGAAUCCCGAGGGAGGGGGCCGCCGAGCCUUCCCACUGGCCACUUCCAACAGACCGGCCUUGCCGGAACCGGGGCUACCAGGCCGGGCGCUGCUCCCCGACCCCAGGCCCAGCUCCGGCACCGAGCCGCGCCGCCCGACUUUCCCCGAAAGCCUUCCGCCACUAAAUUCCUUCUGCCACUACGUUCCCACCAGCAUUACGUUCUGCUCCCUAAAGGCUCUCAGAGGGUGAGCGGCCGUGGCUCCCCGCCGGACCUCGCCCGACUUGGUCUUCAGAGUGGAACCGUGCGCAACUCUUGCGGAGACGCGCGUUCGCGGCGGCUGGGCUCGGUUGGCCAACAGGAUCCGAACCCGUUUGGUGUCCGUCGCAGCCAAGCCUCUGUGCCUUCUCGCGGCCCGGGAAGCUCCUCCAGCGCUUGGCCUCAACUUUUCUGCCUCACGCUCUCUCGUCCGCCGAAGGGUCUGCGGGAGAUGGCGGGAGAGCGUUUGUGGCCCCAUCCUAUUGGUGUGUGCGGUUUAGAAACGCGGGUCGCCGAAGGACUCGAGCCUCUGCGGCGUUGCCUCUGCGUGGCGGCGGCCUGGGUUUCCCAGAGUAGAGUACGCAUGGACUCCUUUUCUCCGCAGACACAUCCAGGUGAAGCGAGGGCUGGGCGGCUCGGAAUCCUACCCGAGAGAGGGAAAACGAGCCCCGCGACCCGCGGGUGAGGAGGUGGACUGACCUCCCGUAGCCACGCUGCGCGCCUCCCACGCACACCAUUUGCGGGCCGGGAGGGCCCCAGUCGGCUGCAGCCGCACAUCUUCCUCAACGGAGAGAGAACCCUCGGUUCGCCUGUCUUCCUGAUGGUUUGUGAAGGUAGGGGCCCCAGACCGUCUCUCCUGAGCUGAAUGGAGGAAUCUGGGUCCCUCUUUUGUCUUCCUCGGGACGCAACGUAGGGAGGUAAAGAAAACCCGACAGAGGAGUGAGGACCUGCAGCCUCGCGUGCUUGGAGUGCCCUCCACCUCUUCCUUUUUUUGCCCCUUGCCCCCAUCAGCCGAUUCGCGGAUGCGGAUCUUGGUCCCCAGCGAAACUGGAGCUGCCCACCGGCCUGCAGAUGAGAGAUGAAGGAGCCGGGCGGCGCCGAGUCGCUGACCGGAUCCGGGCUUUCCCGCACCGUGGAGCGGCACGUUUCCCCCGGUGGCACCGACCCAGUUGGAGAGAAACGGGUCAGCUGAGCCGCGCGCACACUCUGCCUUUAGGCACAAACAGUAGUGUUCGAGUGCGGAGUGUGCAUGCACACGUCAGCACGAGGGUGUCCCGUAUCUAUGUGCAUGUACAGUAGACGCAUACAUGUGUGCCUUUGCCAUGCAUCUAGGGAGACAAGAAAACACAUUGUCACACGAGUGACGUGCAUGCGCCCACGUUUGUGUGCUGUUCUUGCAUGUGUCCUGUUCACACGCUAUGAACACAGAUGAAGUUGGCUGCUCAUGAGUGAAUUAUGCCUCACAUUUACACAAGCCUAUUCAAUUUUCAAUCACGAUUUUCACAACUACCCUGGGACAUGCUCUCCUGUGGAAUUUUAGACGGGGAGACAACAAGCCAAGAGAAGUUCAUGGAUGCCCGUUUGCACACCGUCUAUAAGAAACCAAGGCCAGGCAAAGACUGCCUGCUGUGGAAUGUAGAUGUGAUGGCCCAGUGUGCUCUUAGGUUGGCCUGUUUAGCGCCCAAGCAACUCAGGCCCCUGGGCCUUUGGCCCUUCGCCAAGCUUGCGGAGACACUCAACGAUCCGGUGCUUGGCUUCAUUCCAUUGGCGGAUAAGUGGGCUCUGCCAGAGCUAGUGAACCCGAUGCCCAAGACAGGGGAGCUCAGGUUGCCCCGGAGCACGGAGACGGAGCACCCGAAGAUUCCAGGGACAAGGCAGUCACCAGCAGCUUGAUCCCAAAGCCUGGCGGAACUGUGUCUCCAAUACAGCCACGUCGGGCAAACGCGGGGUGCCGGGAUCUUUUCACUGGAGCAGCAAACGCAGCAGCCCUGUGUUGUGCCAGAGCCGAAGCAGUGAUGAAACUUGAAUUCAUUGAGUUUCUGCUGUCUUGAAUCUCUCAAAACCAUACAAGACCUGGAGCCCACCAUGCCCAUUUUACAGAAGUGUUUAGUCUGGGUUGGAAUCCCCAAUUAUCUCUGUCCGGAUCCCUCUGUCCCCAGUGCAGAUCUCCAGGCUGCGGCUUGAGUCACGUCUCCUGCACGCCUCUGGGAGCCUCCCAGCUCCUAGCCUCUGACCUUCCUCCCCAAGGACGUGAAUAUCCUAGCUCUCACAGCAUCAUUAAAAAGGUUCCUACACGCUUGGAAUCUGUUGUAGGUAGGUAGGUAGGUAGGUAGGUAGGUAGGUAGGUAUUCCCUGUGUGUGUAGGGUUUUGCUUCUUGCUUCCUCUUCUGGGGCAUUUGGUUACUAUGGGCCCCAAGCCCUUGGUCUCCCAAACUGAGAUUGUGGGAGGGGUGUAAUUGACCACAAUUUGCCAGGUGCCCUUGGGCCUCGGCGCCUGACUCCUGAAGAAUGAGGUCGCUGGUCGCCACGCUACAAGGCCACCCUCACCCAGCAAAGCCUGGGCGCUGGAAGGGAGCCCACUGUAUGGCGAGGUCGCCAGGCGGCCGCCUAGCCUCGAGGCUGCCCUCUGCUGGCACCAAGCGACGUCAUCGCCACCUCCCUUAGCGGCCCCGGGAGCUGUACCGACGAGGGCGUCGCGCAGGGCAAGGCGACCCCACAGCGCAGAGCGAGUGGCCCCACUCUCGCUGGAUCCUGGGAGUGGCCGCCCCACUUGCAACCACUGCCUGGACGCUCCCGUAUUUCUCGAUCCCUGGCCCCUGCACCACCCCUCGAGCCCCCCUCCCCCAUCCCCCACGCCGGCGCCAGAGAUUCCAAGUGCUGGGACUAGGGGGCUGCUUGGAGAGCCAGAGCUCUACAUUGGCAAUCCAGCUGCUCUGCGGCUUCCGCCGGGUUCCCCAGCCGACUGGCCCUCGGGAAGGAGCGGAACAGGGCGUGGGAAGCCGCAAACCCACAGGCGUCCAUCGGGCGUUUCCCUGAAGGCCGCUGGUGGACUCUGGGGACCUCAGGGAGAGCCCCGGGCUGUGCUCAAGCCUCUUUACUCCAGCACCAUAGCAUUGAUCGGUAUCCCGUGCGUUACUGCCCACACCAAGAAAACCCUGCCCUUCCGCUCCGAUUGACUUCCAAUCCCGUUUUAACGGUAGCCUCGGCGCCUGGAUGCCUCUAGUUAUAGUGCACUUGUCUCCCGAACCAAAUUAAGAGCCUUCAAGGACUUGCAGGGGCCGAUUGCAACCUGCCCCGCACCGAGUCUCUCUCAGGUUCUGCCUAGUGGUGAGGGAACCGAUUUAAAACGCCUCUAUCCACGCUCUUGAAAUAAAUGCUAGACGGUGAGUCGGGAAGACAUUCUGUGAACUGAAAUCCAAGCUGACAUACAAAUCAACCAAUAAUCAUACCUGUUUACUUCCAGUGCUAUAUAUAGGACUUUUCACAUUUUCACUUUUUCCCUCCUUGACAAAGAUAAUUCAGAUUGAAGAAAGGUGGGGAAAUAAAACAUUAAAAUUCAAAAAGAAAACAAAUAUUACAGGUAAUCCCAUCCCUCCCCCAUGAGGUAACCACAGUUAACAUUUUGGUGACUUCCCUCAAUUUUGAUUUUCAUAUUUUAUAUAAUUGUACAUGAUUAAAGCCAUAUUUUAUAUAGAAUUUGCAA